AAAAAAACUUCACUUAGGCAACCACGUUCCUCUUAUGCCUUGAAACGGGAAACGUAAUCUUGUUACUCCGGGCGCCACUUUUUGUAACAUUUACGCCAUACGAGUUACUUUCUAAUCAUCGCGACAUGACUGAUCGUAUUUCACGUUAAGACAAUAACACUUGUCGCAAGCAAGCGACCACAACACGCCGCUCGUGUCGGAAUCGAAAGGUGGACUUUGAGCCGGGCGGCAAAACGUCCCCACGCCCCUUUCGGUGCUGCUUCCUGCCAACGCAACGCCUUUGACCCCGUUGAUAGCGUCUUAGCAGCCCGGGGCCCACCACCGAGCAUGGCGUGUCUGCGUAAACAGCCCAAAGUCAGCACAUCACAGGAGUUACCGCGCCCUGCCAGAGAUCGGGAGGGGAUAGAAAAACAUGCGAAGCUCUUGGGUAGGCUGCAAGGUAUGGACGGUGACACCGACGUCCAGUUCCUCCUGCAGGGGGGAGACCUUCUCAAGGUCCGCUCCUCGUCCUGGAAGAAAAGCCGCUAUUUCAAACUCCAAGAGGACUGCAAGACGAUGUGGCGGGAGUCCAAAAGAACCUUCAGGCGGCAUCAGACGUUUUCCAUCGAUGACAUCUCUGUGGUGCGACUGGGUCGUCAGACGGAGGGCUUGAAAAAGUACACAGAGCAGGAGAUGGAGAAUUGCUGCUUCUCCAUUGUCUUCAAGGAGCACCGGAAAAACCUAGACCUCAUCGCCAGCUCUGAGGAUGAGGCUAAGCAGUGGGCGAGAAGUCUUCAGAAAUUGAUUUCCAGCAGAAACAACCUCAACCAGCAAGAAAAGACAGAACACUGGAUAUUCAGCUGCCUGAGCAAAGCCGACAAAAACAAAGAUAGCAAGAUGAGCGUGUCGGAAGUUAAGAACUUCCUGCGUCUCAUCAACACCGAUGUGGAUGACAGCUACGUGGAGAUGCUCUUUGAGAAAUGUGACCAAUCAAAGACUGGAUACCUUUCUGGGGAGGAGAUCAAAAAUUUCUAUGACCUGCUAACCUACCGGGAAGAAAUUGACGUGAUCUACCGGGAGUACGCCCGUUCUGCAGAUGUCAUGAGUCCCGAGAACCUGAGGGAAUUCCUGGAGAAGGAACAAAGAGAGACGAUAACGAUGGCUGAUGCACUUGAGAUUAUUGAGAAAUUUGAACCGGAUGAAAAAGCCAAAGAAAAGAAGGUGUUGACUAAAGACGGCUUCCUCAUGUACCUGCACCAUCCUGAUGCCUUGAUCCUCAAUCCAGAGCACAAAGAGGUGUACCAGGACAUGAGCCAGCCGCUCAACCACUAUUUCAUCUCCUCCUCACACAACACCUACCUCAUGGAGGAUCAACUCAAAGGCCCCAGUAGCACAGAAGCCUAUAUCAGGGCUCUGCUGAAGGGCUGUCGCUGUGUGGAGCUGGACUGCUGGGACGGGUCUGAUGACGAGCCGGUCAUCUACCACGGCUACACGCUGACCUCCAAGAUCCUCUUUAAAGACGCCAUUAAAGCCAUCAAGGAGUAUGCUUUUCAGACAUCUGAAUACCCAGUGAUUCUCUCCCUGGAGAACCACUGCAGUGUGGAGCAGCAGCAAGUCAUGGCCCAACACUUGAGAUCCAUCUUGGGCAGCGCGCUGGUCACGUCUCCCCUCGGGGACGGCAUGCCCACCGACUUCCCCUCCCCUGAAGAGCUGAAAGGGAAGUUCCUGAUCAAAGCAAAGAGGUUAAACAAACUGGAGGCCACUUUUGCUCCCGAGGUGACAGAUGUCGAUGACUCUGAAGUGACAGAAGAAGAAGAAUCAAACGAUGAGGAUGAGCCGGAGGAAAGAAAUAAAAAAAAGAAGCUGAAGCUAUCGAAAGAGCUGUCCAACUUGGUGAUCUACUGUAAGAGCGUCCACUUCAACGGCUUUGAGGAUGCCAGGAAAAACCUGAGCUUCUACGAGAUGUCGUCUUUUAAAGAAAAAAAAGCGGUCGCGCUCGCAGAAGAGAUGGCAAACGCCUACAUCAGUCAUAAUGUGGACAAGCUGAGCCGCGUCUAUCCAGCCGGCUCCAGGACCGACUCCUCCAACUACAACCCGGUGCCUCUGUGGAAUGCUGGCUGCCAAAUCGUGGCCCUCAACUUUCAGACGAGCUGCGAAGAUAUGGAUUUAAACCAAGGCAAAUUCCUCGUGAACGGGAAGAGCGGCUACAUCCUGAAACCGGCCUACAUGAGGAACAGAGUCACAGAGUUCGACCCCAUCACGUUGACCCGAGGAAAGUGGCUGAAGCACAAGAUACUCCAUAUCAUGGUUAUAUCGGCGCAGCAGCUCCCUAAAGUGAACAAGAAGAAGUCCUCCAUUGUAGACCCGCUGGUUAAGGUGGAGGUGUAUGGAGUGCCGGCCGACAUGUCUGUCAAAGAGACGCGCACGGUGGAUAACAAUGGUUUCAACCCAGAGUGGAAUGAAAACUUCCAGUUUGACGUGUAUGUACCAGAACUCGCCCUGGUGCGCUUCCUCAUCCAGGACCACGAUUCUACAUCUGGUAACGAGUUUGUGGCACAGUACACACUUCCGCUCAACAGUUUAAAGAUGGGAUACAGACACGUCCCUCUGCUCGAUAAAACUGGUCACGUUAUCUCCGCGGCUGCACUCUUUGUGCACAUCAUGCUCCUCGAUGCUGAAUAGACGCCGCCGUCGGGCAUGUUCGUGGAUCACAUUCCUACAGCCAUGACCUAACUAUAUUAUUAAAUUUUUCAAAUGCAUAUUUCUCUGUAGAUCAACAUAUUGAGUCACAUUAUUCCAGUUGAUUGUGCAGAUGAAUGCCACAGCAUCUACUGUGAUUUAGACGUACUUAUAGGAGAUGCAAUACUUCGGAGAAAUACUGUGCAAAUGGGAUUGUAUGAUGGAACUUUUGCAGAGGCUGUUUUUUUUUUUUUUUUGGGGGGGGGGGGGCCUCCAGUAAUCCUACACUAGGUUCACAAACCAUUGUUCAAGCAACUCAUGCUACACUAGACAAUUGAUACAACAAUCAAUACUCCAUGAACACAUUUCGUCUCAUUCAUUCAUUUUUCUUGUAUUGUGAGUUUUUUUUUUUAAAGAACAUGUUUUCAACCCAAAUACAUAUCUACCAGAAGUAUUUAUUGCACCAUUUCACUUUGUUGGGAGCGCAUUAAAAUGGUCACAUCACACGGACAACCAAUCAGAACUUUGGGAAGGUUAGUUACCUGUGUUUUUUUUUUUUUUUUUUUAAGAUGGGGUAUCCAAUCAACAAGUGGUGGUAAAACAAAUGAACUGAAAUGCAAUGAAAUUAAUAAUUGUGGAAUUUGAAUAUUGGAAUGGAUUUGAAUUGGUUCAGGGUAGUACAAGGAGGAGGAAAUGUCUUGAGAUGUAUUGAAGGGGGAACAAAUUUGAUCAUUUCCAAGACGGACUGAUUGACUGAUCUGGAACGAAUGGUAAAUGUGUUAAAUAUCUCGAUUUGUAAAAGUUUUCGCAGAAAAAUAAAAUGUUGAACUGAAAAAUCGAGUUCCAAAAGGUCCUGAGUGAGCUGGUCAACUUGAAGUUAGAAUGCUUUGAAUCCGAUGAAUAAUUUGUGAAAUUUGGUCAGAUGAUUUGGAACAUAAUUCUACUGAGCUGACAUUCUAAUGGAAAAAAAGUUAGGAAUUUGGGGAUCUAGAAAAUAGUUCCCAAGGUGCCCUGAGUGAACUGAAUAGAGUACAAUGUUUUGAAGUUGCAAUGCUGAACUUAAAGCUCAAGUGUCAUGCCUAUAAACAUUCUAAGAUAGAUAUUCUAAUGAAAAAUAAAUAUAACAUUAUUCACUUUGUCUAUAAGAAAAAAUAAAUAUGAGCGGAGAGCGUGUAAUCCAUGCGCAAAGUUGCGGAAGUCUCAUUCGACAUCCAAGUUUUAGCCAUAUUGCCUGCAACGCCUGUUGAUGUCAUGCCGGGACAUCCAGAGCAACAACAAAGAUUUUUGGAUUUUCUUGAAGCCCUUUCUGGCACAGAAGCUCUUUUCAAAGAAAACACCUCACAAUUGAGUGAAAUGACCUGGGCAAUAUUAUCCUAUCAUUUCUAACUAACAACAGACUCCCUGACAGUACGUAGCUUACUCAGGAGGACCGAUGCCGGGGGGGAAGCUCCUUUCUCCUCCCGCACGAGGCCAAACCACCGCCGAUGCGGAAGCCUUCCAACACGCACAUUGAGCACCCGUCUUACGUACGUGAUCUUUUGUUACCUUAUGAGAGACAGAUUAUGUGGUCCCCCAUCCGAGUUAUUAGUUUUUUAAUAGCUCUAGACUCAUCUACUUGUCAUUUGGAGCCCACGAAGGUCUGGUCCUUUGCACCGGUGCAAUCCAUUUUUCUCGACGAACUGGGUCUUUUGUAACAGUAUGAAGAGUGGAUCCAUCCUCCCGAGUGUUUGAGCAAUAUCCAGCAAUACGAGCUGGUAUUUUGGCGAACACGAAGGAACCAAAAGCUAUCUUCCUGAAGGUAAAACUGGUAUAAACACAUGAAGCAGCCUGAGUGGGCAUCUACUACUA